AUAUAGGACGCCGGCUGUGCCUGGAGACAUCACUGCUAAGAUGCUUCUGCUGCUGAUUUUUCUGGCAUCGCUCUGGAACUUCCCUCGGAUCAAGGCAGGGCCAUCCAGUGCCCGUGAGAUGGGCAAGGGGCUGGAAUGGCUGAUCCGCUAUGGCUACCUUCCCCAGCCAGAUCCCAGAGCAGCUCGUCUUCAAACCCAGGAAGAAUUCUCCGUUGCUGUCAGAGCAAUGCAAAGGUUUGCAGGUCUGCCUGUAACCGGGAGACUGGAUCCAAAGACUUUGGAAAUGAUGAACAGGCCUCGUUGCUCGCUCCCUGAUUUCAUUGGCACCUCCGAGUUGAUGCGUCGGCGGCGUAGGAAGAGACGUUAUGCUCUCAGUGACAGUGCCUGGAAAAAGACAGACUUGACCUGGCACGUCCGUUCUUUCCCUCGUUCCACACAAAUGACCCCCGAUCACGUCCGGAAUCUUAUCUUCUACGCUUUUCAAGCCUGGAGUAACUCUUCAGCCUUGACCUUCAAAGAAGUGUAUUCUGAGCAAGCGGACAUUUUAGUGGAUUUUGCAGCCUCUUAUCAUCAAGACACAUACCCUUUUGAUGGGCCUGGAGGCACCCUGGCCCAUGCCUUCUUCCCUGGUGAAUAUCCCAUUUCUGGCGAUACCCACUUUGAUAAUGAAGAGACAUGGAUUUAUGACCCACAGAAUGAAUCACCAGGUCAUGGCACAGAUCUCUUUGCUGUAGCCGUGCAUGAGUUUGGCCAUGCCUUGGGACUGGCUCACUCUUCUGUUAAGGAGUCCAUCAUGAUGCCAUAUUACCAAGGCCCUGUUGGUUUGCCCCACCUGUACCAACUUUCCCUAGAUGACAUCAUGGGAAUUCAGCAAAUCUACGGCAGGCGGCAUCACGGUUCAUAUCCAGAUCAAGACAUUCCAGCACUGCCAGUCCCCACAGCACCACCAAUCCCGGACCUACCACCAGACAGGCCCAGAGAAAAGCCGCGCUUGCCAACACCUGAUCGUUGUAAGGCAGGGUUUGAUGCUAUUGCUAAUAUUCGUGGCGAAGUUUUCUUCUUUAAAGCAAGACAUUUUUGGAGAAUGCAACCAACCCAGAAUCUGGUUUCUCUGGAGCCAGCGCAGACCCUCCGCUUCUGGAAUGGACUCCCCCCAGAUUUUAAGGCAAUUGAUGCUGCAUAUGAACGGGCCAACGACAGCCAGAUAGUGUUCUUCAUUGGGCCCUACUACUGGGUUUUUACUGAUACCCGAGUCAAUCAAGGUUAUCCCCGCCCCACAACAGAUCUGGGACUCCCUCCUGGCACUGUAAUUGGUGCUGUGUUUGUUUGGCCUCACAAUGGCAAGACGUACCUCUUAGAAAAGGACCGGUACUGGCGCUAUGAUGAUAAGUUAGGUCAUGUGGAACCAGGAUAUCCGAAACCUGUCACCCUCUGGAAAGGAGUCCCUUCUGAGCUGGAUGAUGUUACUCACUGGAAUGACGGCCACACGUACUUCUUCAAGGAGACUCACUACUGGCGCUUUCAAGGCGGCAAUGUGGAGGCUGAUUCAGCCUACCCACGCUCCACCCCUCAUGAUCUGAUGUUUUGCCCGGGUUCUACCACCUUCUCCCCCACUCCAAGACCGGGGCAUGGAGGGGAGAAGGGGCUGUGCAUCAGUGGACAUCCUGGCCUAAACGAAAGCUCCUUCUUAGCUGGGAUCUUGAUUCUGCUCUGGGUGAUAUGCUGACUCCUCAGCUAGAUACAGAACUAUGCACUUUAUCAUUAUAAAGAGAAGAGGGGACAGAGCAGCAGGGAAAUAUGGUAUUCCCUAGAAAAAGGUUUGGGAUACUUUUCCUUUUAUUUUUUGGUACUCUCAAAGCUGAUUCCUACUCAGCUGCUUUGUUUCCAUGCUCAGUUUCCUAAAACGAAGUGCUUAGCCCAGUGAUUCUCAAACUUAGCAACUUUAAGAUGGGUGGACUUCAACUCCCAGAAAUCCCCAGCCAGAAAAGCUGGUUGGGGAAUUCUGGGAGUUGAAGUCCAUAUAUCUUAAAGUUGCUAAGGCUGAGAAACACUGGCUUAACCUUAAAACUAACUUGGAAAUCCUGGAUCCCGGUCCCAAAUCUGUGAUAAUUUCAUAUCUCAGGGGCAAAGGAAAUGCAUUCUGCGUGUGCUCAGAAGUGCUGACCUUUCUAUCACAUAUCAAAAAGCUCAGAUUUACCAUUAGUUACAUGAUACCUCUUGUCCUUUCCCUGAGUGGGAAGCAGACGAGACCAACUUGGCUUCAGGGUGUCACCAGGGGUAGAAACAAACGCUUAUUGGAAAAGGAAGUCCAGCCUAUGAACAGAUUAUCACGUUUUCUCCAAUAAAGAGGAAGGAUGAGAGAGAUUCAGGGGUGAGGAGUAUCUCAUGAAAGUUAACUCAUCCCUACAGAUGCUGUCAUGUUAUAUUGUGUAAUGGAAAUUGCAGUCUGUAUGUUUGACUUUAUGGGAUAACCACCACUUGGGACUGCUGAGAAUUCAAGACGCUUUGAUUCCAGAUCAGAGCUGAUUCCCAGAGAAGACCCCAAGAGUAAUGGAGCAAGUUAACUUAAUAUGAUUUAAAAUCCGCUUGGAGAUGAGGGGAGGGAAGAGCAGAUUAGCUAGGAAGAAAUCAAACACACAUCACAUUUUAAUAAUAAAACCCAGGUGGAAACCAUCCAGACUUGUUUUUGCUGUACUGAUUCAUCUCCUAAAAUAAACCAAAGAUUAUGGAAGGUGGCAAAGUAAGUUUCUGAGUCAUGGGGCACAAUUUGAUUCCUUGCUUUCAGCCCCGUAGGAAUAGUUUGUGUGCACCUAAACACACAUGGUUAGACCAGUGUUCCUCAACCUCAGCAACUUCAAGA